GCGUCGCAUAUCUCACCUGCAUUCACAUCUUUGCAAAGAUUCUUACUCCAUGCACUAGAAUGUAUUGCAGAAUCCAAUCCUUAUAUUCGCGAGGAGAUGCCCUGGUCGGGUAGUCAAUGCUGUACUCAUCACCAACAGCAUUUCGGCAACUUUGAAUGACCCUUCUCAGCUUCCACACAGACGAACAGUUUCUCUUGGCUUCUCAAUGUCCCUGUAACUUUUUCAUUCAGUCUUCACUCUCUUCACAACCGCCAAAUCUGAGGUACAGCGAUGAUGAUGCAUACCUAAGAAGCCUAGACAAACGGCCAAUCCUCACGAGGUCAUUUAGUUUUAUGUCCAUUCUUGGGCUCUCCUGUUCAGCAUUGCUUUCUUGGGAUGGCGUGCUCGUGACUUCCAUCUCGGGACUCCUGAACGGCGGCCCCGCAGGCGUCAUCUGGGGGUUUCUAAUCAGCUGGAUAUGGACGAUAUCAGUGUAUUCCUCCUUGGGAGAAUUGGCCUCGAUGACACCGACAUCCGGCGGCCAAUACCACUGGGUAGCGUUGAUGGCUCCGCACCCCUGGAGCUCGUUCUUAGCCUAUGUAACCGGAUGACUGACAAAACCAGCAUGGCAAACUCUUGCUGUAUCAAUGGACUGCUUGCUUUUGCUAUGGUUGUUGCGUUAUGUUUUGUAUUGGAGAUGUGUCAGCAGCUAUACAGUCCAUAGACGCCCUAUUCUACCCAUUCCUGGAAAUCUUCUAUCAAGCUGUCAAAUCAACAACUGGCGCAAGUCUACUAGCCGGUAUUGUUCUUGUCCUAGCCAUUGCGAGCAGUAUCGGUAUGUACGCAACUGCAUCUCGUAUGUUUU